AUGCUUCGUGAAACUAUCUUCAUCUUCUUAUUCUUGUUGUACUUCGAAUAUGCAGAUCCUGCUCCGAAAUGCACCCGGAGCAGUUCUUUCGUCGAUUUUGAAUCCGACUUCACUAUGGUUCAGCAUCAGCUCAGAGGCCAUAUCAAGAUCAUUGAUUGUUCUUUUAGGGUUUCUCAAUUUGAUAUGCUUUCUAGCGUCGAUGUGCAUUGGUGGGGCGCACUCGCUCCUGAUUUCGAUAACCUCACCACCGGAUUCAUCGUUUCAGAUCACAAGCUUAAUCAUACAUACGUAAAUUCCACGUUCGUAGUACAAUUGAUGGCAAAUAUCACAUGGGACAUGAUCCCUGUUCUUACUGUUUGGGAUGUUCUGAGCGCCUCCGAUUUCGGUCAUAUUCUGAUUCAAAAUCUCACCUCUACGGCGGAGUCUCCGCCCGAGAGCGACGGAGAGAAGAAAGUGAAUGUAAGUGUUCAUACAGAGCCAACUAUGUUUGAUAAUUGUAAGGUUCUGUCGAAGGAUUUUAGGGUUCGUUGGAGUUUGAAACCAAAAGAGGAUAUAGUUGAGAUUGGGUUGGAGGGUGCCACUGGGGUUAUGAAUUACAUGGCUUUUGGUUGGGCUAACCCUAACGCCACUGAUGCAGAACUCAUGGUUGGUGCUGAUGUGGCAGUUACUGGAUUUAAGGAAGAUGGUUUGCCAUUUGUGGAUGACUUCUUCAUCACCAAGUAUAGUGAGUGUGUGAAAAACAGUGAAGAUGGAACUGUUGAAGGGGUUUGUCCUGAUUCAAUCUAUGAGGGGCCGAAUAGAGUUGGCUUGGUGAAUGAUACAAGGUUGAUUUAUGGUCAUAGGAGUGAUGGGGUUUCAUUGGUUAGAUACAGGAGACCUUUGAGUCCGGUUGAUGCCAAAUAUGAUCACCGUGUUGAUCGAUUUGCUAACAUGACUGUUAUUUGGGCUUUGGGAAAGAUUAGAGCUCCUGAUACUGUUUUGCCGUAUUAUCUUGCUCAGAAUCAUGGGGGUCUUCCCUUUGAAUCUUUUGGCCAUUUGGUUCUCAAUAUUUCGCGGCAUGUCAAUGAGUGCAACGGUCCCUUGGAUGCUGCUGAUAAAGAGGAUCAAGAUAUCAUCAUUGCUGAUGCCAAAGUUCCUUUGGUUGUUACGACUGGCCCAACACUGCAUUAUCCUGACCCUCCAAAUCCAGCCAAGGUUAUUUACAUCAACAAAAAGGAAGCUCCUGUGUUGAGAGUGGAAAGAGGGGUGCCGGUCACGUUUUCCAUACAGUCAGGGCAUGAUGUUGCGCUUUAUGUUACUUCCGACCCCAUUGGCGGGAAUGCCACUCUGAGGAAUCUGACUGAGACUAUUUAUGUCGGAGGUCCUGAGGCUCAUGGAGUUUAG